GCUACAUUGUAUCUUGGACAGCGAUAAUAUUUGCAGUACUCCUUGUAUCUUGUAUGUUAGAAGGAUCCUAGUAAAACGAUGGAAAGCUUUGAUUUCCAAGAAGAAAAGAUCCGCUGAUGGAAUAGCAGAUUGCAGUCCAACAACAACCUCUAAAUGCGCCAAAGAUUCGCAGGAAACAUUGAAUCCUUUGGAAUACGAUGGCGGUUUCUGUUCGUCUAAAGGUACCAACUUCAGGAGCAAUUCAAAUAAUUCAUCCAAGUUUUACUUAAGAAGACGGAAAGCUUUGAUUUCCAAGAACCAAACAACUUCUUGUUACUCCAAAGUUUCACAGGAAGAAUUGAAAAUUUUAGAAUCUGAUGGUGAAAAUAAUACGAGAGGUGCCAUCUUCAACAGCAAUUCAAACGUAAAUGCUGAGAGUCCUUGCCUUGAUCCAUUAAACAAAAAGCCAUCUCCAAAUUCAUCUUCUUUUCCAGGCGCUGGGGCUGGAGAAAUUCUGACCACAAGUCAUAGUGUAAUGCCAUUACCUGAUGCAUCAACCCCUUUACAAACCCCUAAUGCAGUGCUAUUGCCAAACCAUUUCCCAAGUACGACAACAUCGCGACCACGUCCAUCAUUAAGCUCUACAUUUACUUACUCUGGUAGAAAGAAAUAUGCAGAGUCCAGCUACUCUGGCAGCCUGCCACCUCAGCAGCAGUACUACUGUAAAAUCUGUAGAGUUCAUUGCUCUGGGACUCUUUGUUUCGAGCAGCACUUGAGAGGGCGCAUGCACAAGCUGAAACUCGGGGAUUCAAGUGUCGAGGAAAGAAACAAGCAAGUAAGAUGUGACUUGUGCAAAAUUUUCUGUCAGGAUGAAAGUUUAUUAAAAAUGCACCUUGAAGGUCAGAAACACAAGGCUAAGCUACUAGAACUCGAACAUGGUGAGAAAAUUAAAGAUGAGAACAGCCAGCAAUUCUGGUGCGAAUUAUGUCAAACUCCAUGCAUGAAUAAAGAAAUUUUCAUAUUACACCUUAACGGGAAAAAACACCGUAAACAUAUAUGUGCUUGAGGAGCAGAAGAAGAAGAAAGCUGAGCCAUUUACUCUUCCAUGGCUAGUUUUGAAUCCACUACAGAACAGGAAACAGUCACCACUCGGUCACUCACCAGGUUGAGAAGUGUCACAAUUGUUAACAUAAGAACUGUCUUUAUAUUCGUCUGUUUAGUCUUAAUUUCAUUUUACGAUGUCUUGAACUCCUCAGGAGACAGUUGAAUUCUUAGACGAUUGAAUAGCUAUUUUUCAAUAGCAUCUCACGAUAUUCCAAAUUAAGUUUAUAAGGUGAUCAAACAUAAGAAGUGUCACAUUUAUUAAGUUUUAUUGUCUUAAUGUGAUCAAAUAUUUAAGA